AUGCCUAACGGCAACCAAACGUCGUUGCUCGUGAACAGUAGAAGUGCGCCCCUUUUUCCUUUAAACCUCUUAAAAGUCAAGUACAGCUAUGAAAAUUUGAAAUGUGACUUCGUGUGUGGACACGUGAGCAUACUGUACUGCACGCUCAGUGCUCUUUCUCUGAAUGAGUACUGCUUGAAGCAGAAGCUGCUUCAGCUUUCUGUCAACCGCUCGAGUGUCGUGGUCCUAUGUUUGGUUGAUUCGGAAGAUGGGAUGCAAAUCUUGACGUCAUUGAACAAGCUAUGUGUGUGCCACAACGCUGUCUUGAUAUGUACGUAUGCGCUGGAUGAGGCUGCUGCGUAUUUGCACGCGCUGUGCGUACUGUCUCAAGAGACGUCUGAGCCCAAGAAUACUCCAGAUCAAGAUGUGUACUCCAUCCUGUCCUCCAUCAGGGGUAUCAACAAGGUGGAUGCGAAGUCUAUUUGUCAUAAUAGUCGAUCUUUUGCUGAUAUAUGCGCAUCCACACUGAAGAGAAAUUCUGACUGCCCUGGCGUUGGACCUACAAAAGCGCAAAACUUGCGCAAAACUUUGCAGAAACCGUUCAUGAUGAUGAACAGGAUGGAUACUUCGGCAUAG